ACCACAUCUCUUUACGGGUUUGUCUCUGGUGUUUAACCUUUUCCACCCAAUUCUAACAUCAGGAGUUUCUCCUCUUUAGGAGGAAUUAAACAAUCUUCAUCACAUGUGCAGCCAGAAUGCUGGAUGAUUGGCUUGUGACUGGGAAGGCAAGUACCCAGUGGAAAAGAUACAAAGCAAUGCUUCAUGAUGCCAAAGUUGGUAAUGAUGCUCUUGACUUAAAGAUGACACAUCUUAAAGAGACUAAUGCAAUAUCUGAGGGCCAACCAUGUGAUCAGUUGUGGGGAAAUGGAGUUGGUGAUGCGUUAGAUGAAGACUUGAUUUCGGACACAGUUGGCGUUAUCUGUCUCGAUUCAGAAGGACAUAUAGCUUGUGGAGCCUCUAGUGGUGGUAUAGCAUUGAAGGUAAGUGGGCGUGUGGGUCUAGCAGCAAUGUAUGGUUCCGGUUGUUGGGCAUCGUCAAUAGGGCCUUUUGGAGCUCCAUUUAUUGUGGGAUGCUGUGUCAGUGGUGCUGGAGAGCAUCUAAUGAAAGGAUUUGCUGCUCGGGAAUGUUGUAUUUCAUCAUCACUGUCACAAGCUGGUCCAUCUUCUGCCUGUAAAAAGGUUUUGCGAACUGUUCAAGAAAACAGCCAAUGUGGUGCUGAAAGUAGUGCUGGAUUCCUUCUAGUUCAAGCAGAGCCUUCAAGAUUAGUUGCAGGUACUUUGGCUAAGCUGGAAACUGUUGAGAUUGCAGCUGUUUACUCUUCCUCAUCUUUUGGAAUAGGUUAUUUUGGCAGCUCUAUGGAUAGGCCUAAGGUUUCAGUACUUAGGAGUAAAAAGCAGCAAAGUAAAACUGGAAUCAAUGAGUUUGCAGCAAGAGUUAAUCUUGUGACCAAGAAAUGAUAGUGUUGCAGCAGGAGUGCUGGAGCGGCAAUUGGAGAAAUUACUUGCCAUUUCAACGGUGUCAUCAUUUAAACUAGUUAUAUAAUCAGCCAAAUGCUGAAGAUGGAGCAGAACACUCUAUUUAAGUCUCAAGAUAUGGCUGACAACUAAACUGGUAGUUGAGGAUUGUUAUAGACGUAGUUGAACCAAAAGGAAUCAGUGAUUCAAAUGAAACUAGUGCUAAGAGAUUGCUGCAGACAUGAUGUAGUAGAACUGAUUUUUGAAUUAUGGGAGAAAAUGUAUUGCUAUUUCAUAGGAAUGUAUGAAUUAUUAUUUUUCAUAUGGAACCUAUAUAUAAUAGAGAAUACCGUUACCUAA